UAUAACUGCAAAGAGCAGCUCUUCCAAAAAUUCUUGUUUUAAAUUAAAGUAAGAAAUAUAUGUUUAGCUAUAAUCACCAUGAUGGAGGCUCUUUUGGCGGAAAUUAAGAGUACAGUGGCCAGUCUGGAGAAUGACAGCGAACCAGAGGAGCUGCACAUGAGAGCCUGUAUGGGCAAAACCGUAAAGUUGAUGAAAGAUCUCCGAAAUUCCAUCGUUGAAACUGGGCAUUACAGCGAACUGUUCACAAGUCGCACUUCGAAAGUCCUGGCGGAAUGUCGCACCUUGAUGGGGUUUCUUUAUAGAAGUGUGCCGUGCCAUGCUGAGGGAGGCAAGGUACCUGCAGAGGCGCAGCGCUGCUUCCUUCAGGUCAUGGAUGUCGUUAUAGGCCAGUUCGACGACAUCAUCAAAGAAUCCCAAAACAAACAGAAUUCAGGGGAUCCGGAUUCCCAAAACGAGAUACGAAAGGAACUGAAAGAAGUGAUACACCAAAACCUAACGCGUUUCAAGAAACUGACUGCCUCGGCUAUACAGGCCUCUAAAAGGGGUUGCAAAAUAGAUGGUGAUUUGGAGAAUAAACUAAGCUCCGAGCACUUGGAAUCCGCGGUCGAACCCCAGAAAAUCAAGGAGCAGAAGGAGGAGCUCAAAGUUUCCCAAAAAGGAUCACAGCCGGAGCUCGAUGUCUCAAGAAGGGAUAGAGGCGAUGCCAAGGACAUUCAUUCGCCCAAUCUCAAGAAUAGCCAUCUUAGUCCGUCCCAGAUUCCCGAUUGCAGGCCGGAGGAGAUACGGCUGGAGCACCUGCCGCAGUCGGGGGAAGAUAUAAGCAAAGCGAAAUCGACCGAGCGUCAGCCAUACCUGCUAGCUCAAACAAGUGCCACCCUCUCUGAUUUUAUUUUAAAGGACCAGUCGGAAAAGGAAUCCAAUAUAGAAAUAGUAGACUCCUAUCAAAACAUAAAAGGCCAAACAAGCCUGAAGACGGAGAGUCAAGACCUCAAGGAUUUCUUUGUCCAGAAAGAACCGACAAAGAGUAAUUCUUCAGAUCUUAUAUUCAAGGACCAUUCGGAACUAGAAUCCAAUGUGGAAAUAGUAGACUCUCGAGAGAACAUAAAAGACAAAACAAGCCUAAGGACAGAGACCAAAGAUCUCCAGGUAUUGUGGGCCCAGAAAGAAAAGACAAAGUACAAUUCUUCAGAUUCUUUAUUGAAAGACCAGUCGGAACUGAAAUCCAAUGUAGAAAGAGUAGACUCUCAACAGAAAGUAAAAAGCCAAACAAGCAUGAGGACGGAAGGCCAAGACCUUCAGGUUUUGUGGGUCCAGAGAGAAAAAACCAAGUUCAAUUCUUCAAAUUGUAUAUUCAAGGACCAGUCGGAACUGAAAUCCAAUGAAAAAAGAGUAGACUCUCAACAGAACAUAAAAGGCCAAACUCGCCUGAGGUCUCAGAGUCAAGACCUACAGGAUUUAUCGAUCCAGAAAGAACAGUCUAGGAUUAAGACAAAGUGCAAUGCUUCAGAUUUUAUAUUAAAGGACCAAACGGAACUGGAAUCCAAUGCGGAAAUAGUAGACUCUCAACAGAAAGUAAAAAGCCAAAGAAGCCUGAGGACGGAGAGCCAAGACCUCCAGGUUUUGUGUGACCAGAAAGAACAGCCUAGGAUUCAGAUAAAGCGUAAUUCUUCAGAUUUUAAAUUAAAGGACCAGUCGGAACUAAAAUCCAAUGUAUCAAUGGUAGGCUCCAAUCAGAACAUUAAAUGGCAGCCAAGUUUAAAGAUGGAGAAUCGUCAAGACCUCCAAGUUUUGUGGGUUCAGAAAGAACAGCCCGUUCUUCAAACCAGCUCCACCUCUUCAGAUUUUAAAUUUGAUGAUCAGACGCAAACGAGUUUGACUACCGAAAGUUCGCAAGACUUCCAGAUUUUGUUGAACCAAACAGACGAUCGUAUAAUUGAGACGAGCUUUUCAUCUUCGUGCAUCGAGAGCCUAAGAGACGUGCCCGUCUUGAAGGAACUGGAAUCCAAUAUGGCGUGUUCAGGUUCCAUUCAAAACCAUAUUGGUUUAUUGAGGACAUGUCGCAAAGACCUGCCGUUUUUGUCUGUCCAGGAAGACAAGCCCUUGAUUCGUACUAGCUUCACUUCUCCCGGAUUCUUAUUGAAGGACGUGCUGCACCCGGAAAAUGAUAAAAUAAAAGCCCGUUUGACAUCCAAAAGUUCGCAAGACCAGCAGGCAUGGGCUCAGACAGACAAUCCCAUGUUAAAGGGGAGCUCAUCUUUCGAUUUCUCAAUUAAGAAAACAAAUUCGUAUAUAAAGAAUAUAAAAAGUCGGCAGAUAGACAACCCACUGACCCAGAAGUUGAAUUCAAGCAAGGUGACUCUGCAGAGUCAGAUUUCCGCGGAAACAUCUUCUCCAAAUAAUGUCCAACUUCCAUUGACCAGACCACAGAGGAACCGGAAUACUAGCAUUAAGAAAAAAUUAUCAGCAAACAACUUCUUUGCGGUGGGAAAAACCUUUGGUAACACUCGCCUGCGACUGCUCCGCUGGUGUCAGGAAAGAACGAGGAAAUAUGGCCUUCCCAUGUACGAGUUCAGCGAGUCCUGGCGGAGUGGCCGUGCCCUGGUAGCUCUCAUUGCCUCAUAUCACAAGGAUUUGAUUGAAGAACGUUUCCUGAACAAGGAGUCGCCAAGGAGUACGCUCACCUACGGCGCUAAUGUCGCCAAAUCCCUGGGAGUAGACAGCGAAGUGGACAUUGUACAGGUGUGCCGGCAGAAGGUUCCAGAUUUCUGUCAGGUGUGUGCGUUCGUAGAUAAACUGGAGCGCUGCCUGGUGCCAAGGCUCUAA